AUGUCGGCCAGCGUGAAGCGUCCCGAUGCCUAUCCCGCGUACCACCCCGUCGGCCAGGAUGUCGAGCAGGGCGGGUCAGUCGAUUACAAGGGCGCAUCACAAGCCCACGAGUUUAUGCGCAAGGGGUUUGUCAACAAAGUAUUCGGCAUCCUUGCUGCGCAGCUGAUCCUGACCGCGCUCGUCGCGGCGCCCAUCGUGCUGGCUGCGCCCGUCAAGGGCUUUGUGGCGGCCAACUCGUGGGUCGUCGCCCUGGCGUCCCUCGGCAGCCUCGUCCUCAUCCUGGUGCUCAGCUUCAGCGAAAGCGCCCGCCACACCCACCCAACAAACCUGCUGCUGCUUGCCGCGUUCACCGCGCUUGAGGGUAUUGCCGUCGGCGCCAUUUCCGCGUCCUACGACCUCCACACCGUCGGCCUCGCCGUGGUCAUCACCGGCGGCAUCACCGCCGCGCUCGCCGCCUACGCGGCCCGCACCAAGACCGACUACACCGCGCGCGGCGGCAUGCUGUUCACGGCGCUCGUCGCGCUGAUCUUGACCGGCCUGAUCGGCGCGUUCACGCGCAGCUCGGCGUUUGACCUGGUGGUUGCGGGCGGCGGGGCGCUGCUGUUUGGCUGCUACAUCGUGUAUGACGUGCAGAUGCUCAUCGGCGGCGAGCACACAAAGUUCCAGCUGAG